ACUGUGAUGUGAGAGUCACGUGACAGCAGUAGAACCAAAAUGGCCGCUGUUGUCUUUUGACGUGUAAUAGCUAGCUACUUUUCUUUUUGUUUCACUAUUGACUUGAAAGAAAAGCCAAGCCAACGACGGACUUUUUGGGCUCACUCUAUGCCGCCAGUUCUUGCGCAGUAGUGUCAUCAUUUUUAUCUUCGAGACAAUCAAGACUGACACAUAUUAGUUGAACGAGUUAGACUAUGCAUAUCUAGUUCAGAUUGAGGCUAGCUAGCAGGCUCUGGCUGGCACAUAGUGUAAUAGUUGAAAUUGAGAUAGCUGGUUAAACUUUUAGCUGCGAUGGAGGAAUUGAGCGCAGAUGAGAUUCGGCGAAGGAGAUUGGCACGGCUGGCAGGGGGACAAACGUCACAGCCUAACACCCCUCUCAGCACCCCGUUGACAUCCCCACAGAGAGAAACUCCACCGGGACCACUCCCUGGACCCUCAGGUGUAACAUCUCAGCCCCUGCCACCAGCUGCCUCACAAUCAUUAGGGCUCAAUGCGCACAGCGGUACCCCUGCCACAUCCCCCAUUGGCACGACUGGUGUGGCUUAUGGCAGUCAAAGUAGUGAAGGUGUGAGCUCCCUUUCCAGCUCCCCCUCCAACAGCCUUGAGACUCAGUCCCAGAGUUUGUCCCGUUCACAGAGCAUGGACAUUGACACUGCAUCUUGUGAAAAGAGCAUGUCCCAAGUGGAUGUCGACUCUGGGAUAGAGAACAUGGAGGUGGAAGAUGGCGACCGCAGGGAGAAGAGGAACUUGACAGAAAAAGAAACGUCUGCAAACUCCGAUGUCACAGAAGACCAGGCUCUGCAGCUCAUUUGUAAGAUCCUGCGCGUUUCAUGGACAGAGCAGCAUCGAGAUGUCAUCUUCCUCCCUUCACUGGCUGCUGAAUUCCAGCGUAACCCAAGAGAUGUGUACUCUGAUUUCAAAGACCUGAUUGGCCAGAUCCUAAUGGAAGUCCUCAUGAUCUCAACGCAAUCGCCUGUCCACAACCCCUUCGCCAGCUUGACCGCCACCUCGCAGCCCAUUGCAGCAGCCAAAUCUCCGGACCGCCACCUGACAUUGGUACAACCCUCCAGCCAAGAUGGUAGCCCCAUGGGCCCCAGUGCAGGAUCCUUUGGAGCCAGCUCUCUUUCAAGCCUAUAUGGGUGUGGUAGCCCUUACCCAAUGAGUGUGGAUGCAGCCAAGAGGAUCUCACCAAAUGUCCCCACCCCUGCCACUCCUUCUGUACCUUCUACACCAUCUACGCCACAGUUUGUUGUUCCACCCAGCCCACCUACUCCCGCUGCUCCCCUCAGACAGUCCCUCAACCCUCCAUCUGCCCCCAUGCCCAUCUCCCAGCGUUACCGGCCCUACUCUGUCUCAUCUCCCUGGGGAGCCCUGUCCCCAACUAGCCCAGGACAAAGAGCUUUUAGCUUUUUUGCACCUUCUCCUAGCCCAACGGGCCCCACUGUGCCCCCCAAUACACCAGUUCCUCUGCCAACAUCUAGCACCUCGUCCCUUUCUUUAAGUUCCCCCCCUAUGGUUCCGCCAUCUCCCAGAACAAAUGCCCGACAGUCCGCCUUUGCAUCACGGAUCCCACCUUCUAGUCCCUUGUCCCUCCUGUUUGCCCUCUCUGACAUGUCUCAGGACAGCAGCGAUGAAGAGUCUGAGGAGGAGGAGGAUUUUGCGCGGGUUCAGUUUGGGUCCAGUCGCGGUGCAUGUGGAGGGUCAGUGUCUUGUGAUUUGGCCGGCGAUCGCUUCACCAUUGAAGCAUGCAAGGAGACCGAGAUGCUGAACUACCUCAUUGAACGCUUUGACAGUGUUGGCAUGGAGGAGAGAAAAGCUCCUAAGAUGUGUAACCAACCAAAUGUCAGCCAGCUUCUUAGCAACAUUCGCUCUCAGUGUAUCUCUCACAUUGCCCUGGUCCUGCAAGGCUGUCUGACCCAGCCCAGGAGCCCUCUCCAGCAUUCUCUGCUGGUACCUUAUAUGCUGUGCCGGAACCUCCCGUUUGGCUUCAUCCAGGAAUUGGUGCGCAUUACCCACCAGGAAGAAGAAGUAUUCAGACAGAUCUUCAUUCCCAUCCUCCAUGGGCUGGGUCUCGCGGUGAAAGAAUGCUCCUUUGACAGCGACAACUUUAAAUUCCCCCUUAUGGCUUUAGCUGAGCUUUGUGAAAUCAAGUUUGGAAAGACUCACCCUGUGUGCAGUUUGGUGACGUCACUUCCUCUGUGGUGCCCCAAACCUUUGAGUCCAGGAUGUGGCAGAGAGAUUCAGCGGUUGUCCUACCUUGGCGCUUUCUUCAGCCUCUCUGUGUUUUCUGAGGAUGACAUCAAAGUAGGAGACAAGUAUUUCUCUGGUCCAGCUAUCACCAUGGAGAACACGAGAGUUGUCAGUCAAUCCCUGCAGCACUAUCUGGAGUCGGCAAGGGGUGACCUGUUUAAAGUUCUUCACAACAUCCUACUAAAUGGAGAGACGCGAGAUUUAGCCCUCAAUUACAUGGCAGCUUUGGUCAACUACAAUGUGAAGAAAUCUCAGAUGCAGACCGAUGACAAGCUGGUGUCGACAGACGGUUUCAUGCUCAACUUCCUGUCAGUGCUGCAGCAACUCAGCAUGAAAAUCAAGUUGGAGACGGUGGAUCCCUUCUACAUUUUCCACCCCCGUUGUCGCCUUGUCGUCAGCCCAGAGGAGACACGCCUGAAGGCCACGAUGGAGGAGCUCAAGAGCUGGCUGUCUGAGCUACAUGAAGAUACCAUCAAAUUCUCCGAGCCAAAGUUCCCCACAGAGUGCUUCUUCUUGACCCUGCACACCCACCAUUUGUCUAUCCUGCCUGGCUGCAGGCGCUACAUCCGUAGGUUGCGGGCAAUUCGUGAACUCAACAGGACAGUCGAAGAGCUGAAAAAUAGUGAAGCCCAAUGGAAGGACUCUCCUCUGGCCAGUCGCCACAGAGAAAUGCUCAAGCGCUGCAAAACCCAACUCAAGAAACUGGUUCGGGCCAAAGCUUGCGCUGACGUGGGUCUUCUGGAUGAGAACUUGCUCCGCAGAUGUCUGCAGUUCUACAGCACAGUCAUUCAGCUCCUGCUCCGUAUGGUGGACCCCGCUUACCCAAACGUCACCUUGCCGUUGAAUCCUGAGAUUCCCAAAACCUUUGCUGUGCUCCCGGAGUUCUACAUUGAAGAUGUCGCCGAAUUUUUGCUUUUUGUUGUGCAAUAUUCUCCCCAAGUUUUAUAUGAGCCUUGUGUUCAAGACAUAGUUACCUUUUUGGUGGUGUUCAUCUGCAGUCAGAACUACAUCAGGAAUCCAUACCUAAUUGCUAAGUUGGUGGAAGUUCUGUUUGUCACCAACCCUGCCGUGCAGCCUCGCACUCAGCGCUUUUCCGAAAUGAUGGAGAACCACCCUUUGUCCAUUAACCAGCUGGUGCCCGCCCUUAUGAAGUUCUACACUGAUGUUGAGCGUACCGGCGCCACCAGCGAAUUCUAUGACAAGUUCACCAUAAGGUACCACAUCAGCACCAUCUUUAAGAGUCUGUGGCAAAACAUCGCCCACCACGGCACAUUCAUGGAAGAGUUCAACUGCGGCAAACAGUUUGUCCGCUACAUCAACAUGUUGAUCAAUGACACCACCUUCCUGUUAGAUGAGAGCCUUGAGUCGCUGAAGCGUAUUCAUGAGAUUCAAGAGGAGAUGAAGAAUAAGGAUCAGUGGGAUCAGCUGCCCCGGGACCAGCAGCAGAGCCGCCAGUCCCAGCUGACUCAGGAUGAACGAGUGUCUCGCUCUUAUCUGGCGUUGGCCACAGAGACUGUGGACAUGUUUCACAUCCUCACCAAGCAGGUCCAGAAACCUUUCCUCAGGCCUGAACUUGGCCCCCGUUUAGCUGCCAUGCUGAACUUUAACCUGCAGCAGCUCUGUGGGCCCAAAUGUCGUGACCUGAAGGUGGAGAAUCCUGAUAAGUAUGGCUUUGAACCCAAGAAGCUCUUAGACCAGCUGACUGACAUCUACCUGCAGCUAGACUGUGCUCGCUUUGCUAAAGCAAUAGCAGAUGACCAGCGGUCAUACAGCCGAGAGCUCUUCGAGGAAGUCAUCUCAAAAAUGAGGAAGGCUGGUAUCAAGUCCUCAAUCGCCAUUGAAAAAUUCAAGCUGCUAUCUGAGAAGGUGGAGGAAAUAGUGGCCAAGAACUCCCAGUCGGAAAUGGACUACAGUGACGCACCUGAUGAGUUCAAAGAUCCUUUGAUGGACACGCUGAUGACAGACCCUGUGAUGCUGCCCUCGGGGAACAUCAUGGACCGAUCCAUCAUCCUUCGCCACUUGCUCAACUCGCCCACUGAUCCAUUCAACCGGCAGCCUCUUACCGAGAGCAUGCUGGAGUCAAUUCCUGAACUGAAGGAGAAGAUCCACACCUGGAUGAGAGAGAAACAGGGAGGACGACCUGUCUAAAGACUUGAUGUCAACAAUGCCUUGCCCGCCGGCUCUCCAUAACGAAGGCAUCUGGCCCAAAUCACAUGAAUUCAGUGACACUCACACCAACAAUAACCAACAUGAUGAUUUUUAUUUGUGCUCUUUUUGCCCUACCCAGGACAUUAGAAUGAUGCUUAAAACACAUCAAAAUAAAAUUAAGAAUUACUUUUUUUUUGCGUUGAAAAUUGUGUAUACUGUAUAUGUAUAUCCAGAUAUAUACAUAUUGUUUCUAAGGCUGCACAAAACAGUCUUCAUCACACAUAGGUUUCCCAGAGAGCUGCAGACAGUGACUUCAUUGAAUAUUUCCUUUAUGGUCCUUGUGUGUUUUGUAACAAUGUAUAUGUGGGCGUUAUUAAAGACUUGUGAUGCUUUUAGGGUGACGGGCUGUGCAGCAUUUUUGGAAGUUGUCGUCGUAAGGGAGGCAAUGACUAACAUGAAUUGGUCUAACGUGCUGGAGUCCCAGAGCUGAUCAGAUGCACCACCUGUGCUUGUAUUAGGCAGAAUUAAGGAUGUAGCUUAAACAAUCUAAAAAUGUUUGUUUCCUUUUAAGUGCAGUCAGAUGUUAUAAGCAUUGAUGUACCAUCAAACUAUAUGUAAUUUUUUUCUCUCUCCCCCCGCCCCCACCCUCAAUCACAUUUACCCUGCUGACUUUGAAAGACUGAAUUGGCUUUUUUGGGCGCAUGGCUGCUAUUCUAGAACCCAUAAACCCUGACAGAAAAAAAACAAAACAAACUCAAAAACAGGCAAUUUGCUCUAUACAUGACGGAAUGUAGCAUGAGCUCCAGCAACAUCGGAAUACCUUGACAUCACGUGUAGAGAUAGUCCUUCUCGAGCUGUACCUAACGUGACCUUGCUGACCUUAACUGUACAGGAACUGAUCUCUUAACUACACACAACUGUUUUGGAAGCUAGGAUUUUGAACUGAAAAUAAAUGAUAAUGCACAUCA